UGGGGAGAAGAAGGGGCUUCUGGGCUGUGAAGUGGGAGAGAGGCUUCCUUGGGGAGAGGAAUUUGGCUGCUGGUGCCAAAGGAACUGGAGUCCCUCGGGUCCCGUGAGCAGUGAGGGUGUGUCCAGCUCUGCAGGAGAGAAAAGGCUAUUCUCAAGGCCAAGGCCACUUGCAGAGGAGGGAGAACUGGAUACCGGUCAGAUCUGCUGAGCCAAAGGAACAUCCACUCUGCCUGAGCUAUUCCAGGCUCUCACCCCGACUCCUACCUCAUCUGCAGCACCUCGAGGCACACCAUGGACUCAGCAGCCAAGGACAAAAUACAGCCCCCACUUCUUCCUGGCUCUUCCUGCCAAAGGCCUGAGUGGCCAGAGCAGGAGAGGGCCGAACAGCUGGCUCGGGGUGCAGCACUCAAGUGGGCUUCAGGCAUCUUCUACCGGCCGGAACAGCUGACCAGGCUGGGUCAGUACAGAAGCCGUGAAAUACAGCGUAACUACUCCCUGGAGGCACGGAUUAAGUCAGUGGUGCAGUCAUACCUGGAAGGUGUGCAGACUGGUGUGUGGCAGCUGACCCGAGCCCUCGAGGCUGUGCAGGGAACACGUGAAGCCCUGAGCCAGGCCCAUCACUUACUCCAGGGUUUGUCUCGGACCUCACAAACCCUGGAACCCCUGAGGGAAUGUGUUGUCCAGCAUAAACAACUCCAGAUCCUGACUCAGUUGUUGCCAAGGUUACAGGCAGUGCCGGCUGCAGUGGCCCACACGCAGACCCUGAUAGAUGCUCAGCGAUUCUUGGAAGCAUAUGUGAGCCUGCGGGAGCUAGAGCAGCUGCGAGAGGAGACGUGGACACCCCUAGGGGGGUUGGAGUUGCCAAUCUUCCAGGGGCUAGGCCUUCUGGCUGAGGCCCUGGGCCAAGCUGUGGAGGCAGCUGCAGGAGCUGCAGGGCGGCUGGCACGUGAGGACCCAGCCCUGCUGGUAGCUGCUAUUCGUGUGGCAGAGGUAGAGACUGAGCGCACAAUCCUGGGGCAGGCACCCCGAGAUUGGCGGCAGCGAUGUCGUCGGGCACUCCAGGAGGGCCUGGAGCGGGUCCACUUUCCAUUGUCUGUGCUUCCCGAGCCAGGGGCCCUGUCAGGGUGGCUUGAGGCUCUGCAGGUAGCCUUGCCUGCUGAGUUGGCAACAGCUGAGGCACUGGUGGCACCCUGCUGCCCACCAAGCUACCACGUGGUUCAGCUGUGGGCCCACACCCUGCACGGUGGCCUGCGCCGUAGCGUGCAGCAACUCCUUGCGGGGCCUGAGCUAGGAGCUGCUGACACCUUUGCCUUGCUGCACUGGGCUCUGCAUGUGUACAUGGGGAAGGAAAUGAUGGGGGACUUGGAACUGGGGCCUGAGGCUGAUGUGUCCCAGCUAGAGCCCCUCUUGACCUCAGAGAACGUCGAGCAGCUGGAGACAGCAUUUGUGGCUCAGGUCCAGGUAAGUGUGGCUCAGUGGCUGAAGAAGGCACUAGAUGGGGAGGUAGCUGAAUGGAGCAGGGAGCAGGAGCCCACCACAGAUCCAUCCGGUUUCUACCACUCACCAAUGCCAGCCAUUGUACUGCAGAUCCUGGCUGAAAACAUUCAAGUGGCCACCCUGAUUAGUGACUCAUUGCAUCGGCGGGUGCAUGACAUGGCAGUGUCAGAACUGGGCGCAUUCUUGAGAAGCUUCAGUGAUGCUCUGAUCCGAUUCUCUCGAGACCAUCUCAGGGGAGAAGCUGUGGCCCCUCACUAUGUGUCCUACCUACUGGCUGCCUUCAACCACCAAUCAGCACUGAGAUCUUCGGUCUCCGUCCUGCUGCCCGACGGGGAAGCUUCCGGGGUCUUAACUCCAGUGGAAGCCGCGCUGGACGAUGUACAGAGGCGGGUCUGCUGCCUGGUUUUGGAAGUACUGCAGGUUGAGCUCCAGCCCCUGUUCGCUGCUCUGCCCUCGCGCCGGUGGCUAUUGAGUUCUGAGUUGCUGGAUGGCGUAUGUGAGCACACAUCGCACUUCUGCCAGGACUUCCGGCGCGUACGGAAGCCUGCUGUUCAGCUGCUGCUGGCGGAGGCGGAACGAACCGUGGUGUUGCAAUACCUAAGGGCGCUGAUGCAGGGUCGCCUAGUGUGCCGCGGUGCGGACGAGCGGAGCCAGGCGGCUGAGCGCCUGCGGCACGAUGCUGCCCAGCUUAAAGAGCUUUUCCUUGGUUUGGGCCUGGAGGAGAGCGUUCACUGCGCGCCCGUCCUGCUUGCGCUGAGGGAACUGCUCAACCUCCACGACCCCACACUGCUUGGCCUCGAGGUGGCAGGCCUGAGACAACAAUUUCCCGACGUGAGCGAGGAUCACGUCUCUGCCCUCUUGGACCUGCGCGGGGACGUGUCCCGAGAGCAUCGUCAGGCAGCACUCAGUUCGCUGCAGGCCGGUCCACCGCCUUCACCCUCCACUGGCCGCCGGGCACUCUUCAGCCUGGUACCGACGCCUACGCCCUCUCUGUCCUCCUGCCUCCCCUCGGGUCCCUGCUCCUGACACCCAUCUGUUUGCGUAAUAAAGCCACGUCUACCGCA